UUGGUCCCUGCCUCUCCCCCUCUCUGCGUCUCUAUUACCAUCUCUUUAUUUUUGGAUUUUUGUUUUGGGGAGCCUUUAACAUGCCAGCACUGGAAGGAGUCAUAUCUGUACGGUGUCUCAGAAGGAGGAGCUCUGCAGAACGUGUGGUAGCAACAGGUCUGUGAGAAUAACACCAGAAUGACGGUAAAAUGCAAACUUGUAAGAGUUUGACCCAGUCAAAGGAGAGAUGAGGCACCUAGAUGUUGAUUUACCAUGUGUAGCGUCCACUACAACCACUCCCUGGCUGCCAUGAGCGGAAACAACAUGAUGGCGCACUCUCUUACUCUGGAACAGAAGACAGCAUUUGCUUUCGUGGGGAUGUUACUAGUGUUCCUGGGACUACUGAUAGUGAGGUGUUUCAGGAUCCUACUGGACCCCUACAGCAGCAUGCCAUCUUCCAACUGGGCAGACGGCAUCGAAGGGCUGGAAAAAGGGACAUUUGAGUAUACUCUGACUUAACACAGGGACACAGACAUCCUGAGAUGUCCUUAACUAGAUUCCAAUAGGCUUUCAUAUGCAUUCAAACACUGAUGACAUACACAAACACACAGGUCACAGCCAUGCGUACUUGUAUUAAAGUUGCAAAACUCCAUUAAAUUAUCUGGAUUUUUGUUACUAUUCAAAGUUGGACACUUUCCAUGGGAUUUAAUAGGUAGAUUCUGGCUUUACACAGUCGUGGUCUUGCUUUUCAUCUGUGCAUGUGAUUGUGGAAUGAACAGUGCAUGCGGGGGAGGCUUAAUAGGCCUGCAGUAAACUGUGUGCAUGGGACAGAGACAGGCAUAGUGCAGGGGACACAUUUAGUUUGCAUAGAAUCUGGUGAUUUUAACCAAAAUAGGGAUGCUUGUUAAUUCCCAUGAAAAGUUUCCACCUUCAUCAAGCCCACACCUGACACUCUAUUAAACACGUCUGUGACGGACCUAAGACAUCAAAACUGUGCACUGUAUUUAGCUCUUUGCGUAUGCUCUUUAAUUAGCCCUACAGAGGUUUCUACUGUCUGUCCGUGUUGUUGUGGGAGUGAGUGUGAGGCAAAUGCUGUGUCAUAUUCUCCUCCAGCAUCAAAUGACAUGAAAAUGGCUGAAGCUCCCUUUAACCCUUGCCUGGAAGUUGAAUGUACACAGAUGCUGGCAGCAAUAGAUGGAUGUGCUUGAGAGAAGUUAGCAGUACAGCUGCAUUAUUCCAAUGUAGACUCAGGGACAAGUUUCCGAAAGUGAACUAUACGAAUGGUGAAUGAAGUGACCCGUCGAGCCAUUCUGCAC